AUGGCAGAUGUGGAGGCCAUGUUCCAUCAAGUGAAAAUUCCAGAAAGGGACAUGGAUUGUCUACGUUUUUACUGGUGGCCAAAUGGCAAUCUAGACAACCAGCCAGAAGUAUACAGAAUGACUGCUCAUCUGUUUGGUGCUGUAUCAUCGCCAAGUUGUUCUAAUACAGCACUGCGCAAGACAGCUGAGGACAACAGUGAUAGGUUUAAACCAGAAGUUAGUGAUGUACUGGUGAAUAAUUUUUAUGUAGAUGACUGCCUCAAGUCUUGCCGUACUGAGACAGAAGCAAUAUCACUGGUGCAGAAUCUCAUCAGUAUUUGUCAGCUUGGUGGGUUCAAUUUAACGAAGUGGAUCAGUAAUAGUUAUACUGUGUUGGAAACUGUCCCUGUGGAAAAACGAGCCAAAGAUGUAAAGCAGUUACAAUUAGGUUGUGAUGAUCUUCCGACACAGCGGGCACUUGGUGUAUACUGGGCAGUGGAAUCUGAUGUACUAGGAUUCAACAUCGAUAUUCAGAAUCGACCUUCUACUCGUAGAGGUAUUUUAUCUGUUAUCAGUUCAAUUUACGAUCCACUCGGACUUGCUGCACCAUUUAUCCUACCUGGUAAAAUAAUUCUACAAGACUUGUGCCACCGUGGAACUGGGUUGGGAUGA